GCCUCGUACCUUUACUCACUCCGAGUGCCAUCAAGUCCACUGAAAGUCUGGGCUGGUACCCAAGACGCCACUUUACAUUCUUUUUGGGGGAUCUGAACUAUUGUUGGGACCCUAUUUUUGUCUGGUGAAGAACUUUGAUUAUCCGUAUAGUUGACUUCUUAUCUUGCUUUUCUCUCCUUUCUUUCAAGAUACAACUGUCGUUCUUCCCCGGGCACUUCUUGUUCGUUGCGUACUACGCUUCAACGGCGAAUGAUGCACGUUUUUCUCUUUCUGACGACUCUCUUGGCCGCAUAUGUUGCUUAUGCGGCCCCUAUUCAAUAUGACGACAAGAAGGUCUUUGUUAUUUCGCAGAAGCCAACCUUGACACCGCAUUAUAUGCCCCAGGCCAAGAGCGCAACAGUCCUGGCCAAUGUGACGGAUCCCGACCUCAGCCGUGAUUCAUGCGGCUCAGUCAAGAUGGGAUCCCGCACCCUUUGGACUUGUCGAGACACUUCUGUCCGCAUCCCCGGCACCAACCAGUUUGCCUACGUCUUUGCCAACACGGCCGGCUGGACCGACCAUCAGCAAGACGAUGCACCUGCUAUUCAGGUAGGAGGACCAGUAGGAGCAGGGUCAGAUGGCGCCAAUAGCAUUCUCUUGAUGAAUGGCCCGCGGCCGACUCUUCCCACAUUCUACCCCUUGGGCCUCAACAUGUGCCCAAACUCUGGGGCAUGUGAUGACGGGGCAAGCAGAUGGACAGCAUGGCCAGACUCACCACCAAUGGUCACGGAAACGGCUCUGGAUGGAACUGUCACGGCAUAUACUUGGGUGUCCAACAACCGGAUGGCCAGUAGCAGCUUGGAGCUAUUGACACCUCAGCCUUCUACCACGCUUUACAAGAUGACAUACACGCCCGACCCCAACCCGGAUGUGCUUCCGGCUGUCGCAACUGUGGAUGGCAACUUCUGGGGGGAUCACGAGAUUGCAUAUGGAACCUAUGGCAAUGUAGUCAGAGGCGAGUAUGCCUAUCUCUUUGGACUGCUGCACCCGGGAGGCGUCGCUUUAGCAAGGGUCCCCGUCGACUGCAUCGAGAACAAGAGCCAAUACGAAUACUACGUGCGUCGCAGGUGGACAAGCACCAAGCCCGCCAUCGACGACCCAACUGCCGCAAUCCCCAAUGCCGGAACAACAGGGCAAGGGACCUUUUACUACUCAGAUCGAGCCCAGUCGUACGUCUGGAUCGGCCAGGCCAGCCUCAGCGUUUCGGCCGACUUUUACAUCGCGACGGCCCCAAGCCCAGAAGGACCCUGGACGAGCCCGUAUCUCCUCUAUUCAGGGCCCAACGGCGAUGGAGACCUGCCGUCGUACAGCCUGCAAGCGCAUCCUCACCUGCUGCGCGAGUAUGACGACGGCAUCUAUCUGACGUGGACGCAGUAUUUCAAGCCCAGCACAUACGCUGCAUAUGUCACCCCGCUUGUGUACGUUUCGUUUGUCUAGGAUCGGCUUAGGGUGGAUAUGACACAUGCAGUUGAACGACGAUACCCCAUUGUUUUGAUAUGCGAGCGAGCGAGGCCUACAUACAUGUAGGUAGUAUACAUCAAUGCCUUACAUGGAUACAUGUGUGUAUCUACACGUCGGAUACAGGGACAUGCACAUACAUGGAGACCGGGAGGGGCAGAGAGCCGGAGGGGCAGAGAAAGGGGACUGGAGGAGACCGGGUUAAAGUAUGGGCCUGUAUGAGU